ACUCUACCAAAUCAUUUACUUCUUUUUGAACCCAACCAUCCAUCCAAAUCAUCCCAUCCCCAAUACCAACAACCAAACUACACUUGUAUCACAUCACCGCCACCAUGCAGAUCUUCGUCAAGACCUUGACCGGCAAGACUAUUACCCUCGAGGUUGAGUCAUCUGAUACUAUCGACAACGUCAAGUCCAAGAUUCAGGACAAGGAGGGCAUCCCUCCUGAUCAGCAGCGAUUGAUUUUCGCCGGCAAGCAGCUCGAGGAUGGCCGCACCCUCUCCGAUUACAACAUUCAGAAGGAGUCGACUCUCCACCUCGUCCUCCGUCUUCGUGGCGGUAUGCAAAUCUUCGUCAAGACCCUCACAGGCAAGACCAUCACCCUCGAGGUCGAGUCAUCCGACACCAUCGACAAUGUGAAGUCCAAGAUCCAGGACAAGGAGGGCAUCCCUCCUGAUCAGCAGCGAUUGAUUUUCGCCGGCAAGCAGCUCGAGGAUGGCCGCACCCUCUCCGACUACAACAUCCAGAAGGAGUCGACUCUCCACCUCGUCCUCCGCCUUCGUGGUGGUAUGCAAAUUUUCGUCAAGACCUUGACCGGCAAGACCAUCACCCUUGAGGUCGAGUCAUCCGACACUAUCGACAACGUCAAGUCCAAGAUCCAGGACAAGGAGGGUAUCCCUCCUGAUCAGCAGCGAUUGAUUUUCGCCGGCAAGCAGCUCGAGGACGGUCGAACCCUCUCCGACUACAACAUCCAGAAGGAAUCAACCCUUCACCUGGUCCUUCGUCUUCGUGGUGGACAGUAGAUUAUGAUUAGUAACGACAUGAUUGAACGGCGGGUGUUAUCCGGUUAAAUUAGUAUUAGUUAUCAAUAGGCCUGGGGGGCUCAGGCACGAUGAGCAACGGCAUGAAUUCAACCAAUAUUCUUCGUUGCACCCUUUGAGACUUGUGACAUGAGGCCUCUACUCUACUCUUAUGGUAAUAGACUUCUACUAA